AUGGUGCUCCAAGUGCUUGCUUGCGGGAGGGCCGGUCCUGGUCAAAAAGAGGGGCAGGAGCUAGGCAAGCAACGGCCUAGCAUCGAUGAUGGGUACCCGGUCGCGAUCGCGGCGAAAAACGGCUUUUCGGUUCAAAUGAGCACUGCUAAACAGACUCGACUCCGGGCUUGGCUCAGAAUUGAUGACAUGAGGCGUAACUUGGUCCCCAUCUGCAGGGGCUGGGUUGCGGCUCUGCUUCCCGCUCUUUCGACCGGCCAGGGGGUGGUCAAGCAGGAAAUCAAGCAGGCGGGACGGAAGCGCGCGGCAGGGCCGCCCGCCCCGAAGCCAAAAACAACAGGCAAGGCUGGCUGGCUGGCUGGCUGGCCGCCGCCGGCGGCAGAGACGGAGCAGCCUGCGAGGAGUAAGAAACAGCGAGAUAAAAUUAGAGCCAAAGGAAAUUGCUACUGGGAUUCCGGCGGCGAAGCAACGCCUUGGUGGUUCUGCCGCUCAUCUGCUGGCAACACGGACGAUGGUUGCGCCGAAUCCGGCGGGCUGCACGCCAUAGGCAGGCAGGCAGGCAGGCAGCAGAGGGAGAAGAGAAAUUCAUGCCCAUCGUAUUGCUCCCUCUUCCCCGUCGUAUUGCCGAAGCAGGACCGGAAGCGAAGCACAAAAGGCGGGUGGCGCCUCAUUCGUGGCGGGCUCUCUGAUCGGAUCGGCCGCGAGCCAACCGACGCAGGACACAGCAUACACAGGACCUCUGCAUCUAAUAGUGCCGGGGAAGAAAGGAAGGAAGCAUGCGAGUGUCGGCGCAAAAAGACUCACAGGGAGCCUAGGUGUGUAUGUGUAGUGAUAUGGGUAGGAAUGGUUGCGGACGGCUGUGAUUUUUCGUUGUAUUAUCCCGAGACAACCCCCGCCAAUGAGAUGCCAACAGGAGUGGACGUAUACAUCCCAGCCAUCUCCGCUAAGGGGGGAUUAGAGCCACACUCCCUGACGCUGACGCCCUGCGAAGAGAUAGCGGCGGCUGGCCGCACAGCCCAGUGCCUCGCCCGACGAUAG